CUCAAGCACUUCAAGUGUUCAGACAAAGAGAGAGACAGUGGUUCCGAAUGUCUCACUCACACUAUCACGCCACGCCACGCCACCAUCAGCAGCUCUCUGCUUUCUCCAAUUGUCCGUUCACUCAACUCAACCUCCCUCCUCAUUAGUCAGUCAGUCAUACGCUGGCGGUGGGGCCUGGGCCUCCCCCGAAGAAUCCCCUCCCUCAGGUUUGGCCUCCGUCUCCCCAUUCGCCCCAUAGGACGGCGGCGGGGGCGCUGACGUCAACGGCGUGUACUGCUGCUGCUGCUGCUGCAGCUGCUCCUGCGGCUGCGGCAUCAUGACACCCGGCUGCUGCUGCUGCUGCUGCUGCACCACGACAGCCUGGGUGGGCACCCCCCCAGGAAUGUUCGGCUGCGCAUACAUGGGGGGGGCCACCUGAUAGGCCCCCGGGCCGCCCACGGCUGGCUGCUGCUGGAGAUAGUGUGUGUAGGCUGGUGGCAGGGGUGGGGCGGUGGGUGCUGGGAUGGUGAUGGCGACGACCUCCUGAUAAACCACUGGCUGCCAUGUGGCCGGCAUCAUGGCGAUGGGGGCCGGGGGCGGCUGACGUAGGAACAGAAUGAUCGGGCAAGUCACGUUGGCUGUUGUCCCGCAGGUGAUGCCUUCACAAACAGAGAGAGAAAGACAGAGACUCCCAAGUGCGCCAGUGUGUCUGGAUCUGGAUGGUGCUCAAUCAGUUAGUCAGUUACCUGCUUUCAUCUGGAUGCUGAACUGGCACUGGAUGAUCUGCCCGAACGUCGUGGGCCGGACGCUAUGUGGGAUGGACAAAGUCAUCUGCCUGGGGUUGCCUUCCUGCUCCGUCUCCUUGGUGUGAGGCGCUAUCCCCGCGUAGCUCUGGGAAGCGAUCACGUCCUUGUCGCGCCACGUGCGCGUACGCGUGGUGAUACUCUGCACACACACACACACGCGGCAGUGGGGAGUGGAGAGGAUGGUCGUGUGUGCCGCACUGACCACUUCUCUGACAAGUUCCAGGCGGAUCUUCGGGAUGUUGGCCUCGCUUUGGUUGUCAAUCGAGCAGAGGAGCUGGGCCAUGUCGCCUUCAUGUCCACACACACACACACGGCAGGUGGUAUGGUACGCGCCUGGCUCACAUUAUUACAUGAAUCACCAUGCUCAUUCACCGACCGGGCAUGUACUUGUCGGCGUUGCACCUCAUGGUGAGGUUCAUCUCGCCCUUAGCGAUGCAGCAGCAGAGGUACAUCAUCUGGUGGUCGUGACCCACAAGCUCCACCGAAGGCGGCAUCCUCUGGUACACCGUCAGCUUCUUGGUGUCCUGCAUCCAAUCGACCCAUCCAUCCAUCCAUCCACUUCUUCUCUGUGUUUGUGGCCACCCCUACCUCACCUUGAGGUCCGCCUUGAACAUGCCCGGCCGCACCACUUUGCCCUUGACCUUGUAUACGAUCUCACAGUUAUACCGGUCACCAUGGACUCGGUCAGAGAGCUCGAACGAGCCUGCACCAACAGGCAGACAGACAGACAGACAGGCAGGCAGGGGCCGCCAUCGACACAUCCAUCCAUCCAGGCAUUGCAUUGCCUGCCUGGUAGUGUGGAUGGCAGCAUGAAGCGGAAGGGGUACGAGUACUGCCCACGGUCGAGAUGCGACAGGCCCUGAGCCACCGGAACCUUCAUUGAGCAAAGAAAAAGGCAAAAGGCAAGGCAGCAGUGUAUGUAGCGCAGUUUACUGGACAAAGACCAUUCACUGAUUUGUCUCUCUCUCUCUCUCUCACUUCAACUUUGAAGAAGUCAUUGCGAUUGGUGUGCGUCCUGGUCUUCUGCACCUGCUUGGCGUUGUCGCCAGUGCCCUCCGUGACCGUGUACGUCUCUGCAGACAGGCACACAAGCAGCGGCGCAAUGAAAGGGCCCGACUGAAACGCCUAAAGUGCCGGUCUGGUCUGCAUGCUUCAUCCAUCCACGCCCCCAGUGAGUGCUGCAGUGCCUUCCUUCGUGAGCUGUCUGUUCUUAUUACCUACCCCACACGGUCACACGCUCGAAGCCCGACACCUUCAAGAAGACUCCCUUGACCUGCGUCGGGCUUUCGACCUGCAAGUUGACCUGAGGGCAGAGCGGGGCAAACGAGAGAGCAGAGCAGCAAGUGUAUAGAGUCUCAGAAGGCCUCGCCUUUCUCCGUGCACAAUUCCUUCUCACCCGGCCUGUGACCUCAUCGCCAGCGCCGUAGUUCUGCUGGUCUGUCUGCACAUUGACACCGCUGGCAUUCCCCAUUGCGCACAGCCCGCUUUUAUUCGAUUUUGCACGACGAGGGCGC